AUGAUGCAAGGAUUGAAAAAUCGAACAAGGAAGGCCCUGGGCUUACGAAAGAAAGACAAGGAUACAGACACAACGAGCUCACCUGACAAAGAAGGAAGUGGAAGCGGAAAGAAAGGAAGUAAAAAGGCCAAUGGAGCACCGAAUGGCUUCUAUGGGGAGAUUGACUGGGACAGAUAUGCCUCUCCUGACGUGGAUGAGGAGGGCUUCAGCCUCCGGCCCGGUGACGAGGGCGAUGCAGCUUCUAAAGGAAAGCAGUUUUCCUCCUCCAGCGACUCCGAGGACGACGAGGACAGCAAGAAAAAGUUCAAAAUUAAGAUCAAGCCGCUUGUUGCGGACAGCGCCAAGUGUGUCCCUCCAUCUAUGGACGAGCUAAAAGCCUCGGUGGGAGGCCUGGCGCUCUCUCCAUCUCUGAAGAGAAGUCCGAGACGCAGCCCGGGGCUGAUAAAAAGGAAUUUGUCCUGUGAAGAGAUUGCGAGACCCAGACGCUCCACCCCCACACCGAGUCCUGCCCCUGAGACACCAAGCGACAGGCUAUCGCAAAAUGUUCCUGCCUUUUUUGGGCUGCCUUCAGAGACCAAAUAUGCCAGAUACGAUGUGGUCCCUGCUGAAGUAUGGGGAGACUCGAGACCACGAUCAGACUCACCGCUGAGCAGAAGUUUCCCAACAGGAGCCCCUCCUCCACUUCCUCCAAAAAACAUUCCAUCAAGAAGUCAUUACGGCUAUCCUUCGGACUCUGCUGUUGAUCUACCCAAUGGAAGGGCAGGUCGCAGCUCGGCCCCCAUCUACCUGAACGUCCUGUCCCCCGCCUCUUACCGAGGCUCCCCUGCCCCUGACCUGGACGACGUAUUUGGCCCCAUGGACAGCCCCCGCGCCAGUGAGGACACAGUGUCUCCCAGAUGGGUCACUUUCACUGAGGACAGACCCCCGCCGCCUGAUGAACCCGCUCCCCCUCCUCCACCGGACUCCCCUCCUCCAGACACGCCCUCGUCCACCCCCUCCACCCCCUGCCUCUCUCCGGGACCACCGCCAAACGAGCCCCCGCCUUCGCCUCCACCGUUUUCUCCCGGGUCUCCUCCUCCUUUCACGCCACCAGACUCACCCCCCUCCAUCGUGCUCGGGCCUCCUCCUCCGGAUGAACCAGCCCCUCCCCUGCCUCCCGACUUCUCCCCCUCUGACUCACCUCCUCUGUGUCUCGAUGAUGAUGCAAUCGAUGAGGAGGUGCUGCAGUUUGCGGAGUACUCUUCAUCGCCAGCCCCCAUCAGCCCCGUGCCCCCUCUGCCAGCGGAGCGGCGGUCUCCUCGGACGGGAGUCAUAUCUCCCCUGGUCUUGGGAGGUAUGGGGGGAAAGAGGACUCCAGAGGGGGUGUACCUGAGAGAUGAUAUCCCAGACUUUGUGGGUUCACCCAGAGAGCUGACUCCGAGCUUCAGGGGCACGCCGCCUCCUCUCCCUCCAACCACCUACAGGUCUAUUAUGUCUUCCCCAGGGCCCUACUCAGGCAGCAGCCCUUCAUCUCCAGCUCGUCCUGCCACCCCUCAGUCUCGAGGCAGUCCGGUCCCUCCGCCUCCUCCUCCUCGACCAUCCUCAAGACCAAAGCUGCCCCCAGGGAAACCAAUCACAGACCUGUCUCGGCCCUUCAGUCCACCGGUUUCGGGCAGCCCCCCACCUUUCGCCCCCCUGGCCCGGGCAGAGAGCGCUUCCUCUAUCUCCUCCAUUACCCUGCAGAGUGCAGCGUCCACUCCAACCUUAGGAAGGGACCUCAACAUGUCCACCGCAGGAUGCUCCAGAGGACCAAGUCCGCUCACCAUGGGGCCCCAGGACACUUUGCCAGUGGCAGCUGCCUUCACAGAAACCAUCAAUGCCUACUUCAAAGGCGCAGACCCCAGCAAAUGUGUUGUGAAGAUCACAGGGGAGAUGGUGCUGUCCUUCCCUGCGGGCAUUACUAAGCAUUUUUCCAGCCACCCAACUCAACCCAUCCUCACCUUUAGCAUCAGCAACUACAACCGACUGGAGCAGGUCCUCCCCAAUCCACAGCUGCUGUGCUGUGAUCCCACAACAGACAGCGUGGACACCAAGGAGUUCUGGGUGAAUAUGCCAAACUUGAUGAGCCAUCUGAAAAAAGUGGCUGAACAGAAGCCUCAGGCGACAUACUACAACGUGGACAUGAUCAAAUAUCAGGUGUCAGCAGCGGGGAUCCAGUCCACUCCUCUGAACCUGGCAGUGAGUUGGCGAGGCGAUGCCAACAACACAGACCUUAGAAUAGACUACAAAUACAACACUGAGGCCAUGGCUGCCCCCAUGCCGCUACACAACAUCCACUUCUUGGUUCCUGUGGAUGGAGGCAUGGCCAAACUCCAGGCCAUGAUCCCCCCCGCCACCUGGAAUCCAGAGCAGCAGACGAUACAGUGGAAAAUCCCCAGCCUCUCUCAUAGAUCUGAAAAUGGAGGAGUAGGGGCUCUUCUGGGCCGGUUCCAGAUGACAGAAGGUCCCUGUAGACCCUCACAGCUGUCAGUCCAGUUCACCAGUGAGGGGAGCACUCUGUCAGGGUGUGACAUCCAGCUGGUUGGGACUGGCUACCGGCUAUCACUGAUCAAGAAGAGAUUUGCUGCAGGGAAAUAUUUGGCGGAUAAUUAGUGGACCUGUUUGUGAACGGAACCAAAAGAAUCAAUGGCUUUUUGACUGUGAAGACUAUGGAUCCAUCCCAUUCGUUUAGUGCAUUUGAAACAUUAUCUUUAGCAACCAUUAGAAUUAAUGGUUGAGAUUUAACAGAAUAACAGAACAUAACACACACAGAUGAUAUUUGACUUUAUAACAUCAUAUUCAGUAGACUGACUGCUGCUGAGUUUAUGCAAGUAAAUACAAAUCAUUAGUUUUGUGCACUUGGAACACUUACGGGCUUCGAGGAGUAAAAUAUAGGAAAACCCUGAUUCUUUGUUCUUGUUAACAUAAUUGUGGAUUCAUACAGUGAUCCAGCCUUAUUCAUUGCCGUUUCUUUUGUCUAACCGGUUGUCAUUACAAAUGCACCGUAAAAGUUAAUGUUAAUAGAUUAUAUAGUAUUCAAACAAUCUUAAACAAGGUGGAAAAGAAUGGAAAAUGUAAAACAAAAUGUGUAGUAUAGGGUUGCUUUGCAGUUGUAUUAAGUUAUAGGUUACAUGGUAAUAUCUGAUUUACACUGCCACCUCAAAUCAGACUUUUUUUUCUUCACCAUGUGUGACCAAUCUUUAUCGUUGUCUAAGCAGAAUUUAUGUUUCUGUGUAGACAGCCUUUGAAAUGUCACAGCCCAUUCUAUCAGUCUUGUGAUUAAAGGUGACUGGUCAGUUCAAAGUUCAAAAUGACCCGCAGCGCUGAACUAACAUCAACAGUCUUAAUCUGGAGGUGCUUUUUAUAUGGAAUUAUAUUUGUGGCUCAGUCUGGAUCACAUGAUUGGGAGUUUGAGGACAGUGAAACUUUGCAACCACAUGAAUUAUAUUCUCUAGAGAAAUUAUCAUCAUGCACAUGAUACUUUCAUUUGAGCAGAUAGAAUUAUAUUUUAUGCUCAAUAAAUGUGUUUGUUUGCAGUUAUCUCAAUAAUAACCUAUUUCACUCAGUUUUACUAAUUUGCCUUAUUAAAUAUUGAAUUUAAACAAGUUUUUCAUUUAAGUUUAAAGGGGAUGUGAUUCAUAUUUUUAUAUUUACAAUUAUCACAUAAGUACUGUACUAGUAGUGCUUUUGUAGAAAUAGAUUCCUCAUAGUAACAAACCCACAGAGAAUUAUCACCUGACUAGCGUUCUUUGUUUCUUUACAGCUCUCAACCUUAAUGUUUGGGUUCACGCUCACUGCCCUCAUAGCAUCUCAAAGUUAUCAACUAACUGGUGAACAUUGUGGAACAUUUAGCUUUAAAAAAAAGCCAGAUUUCCCCUCAGGAGUUGGUAGAGACGUAAUACUGAGCUAAAAGUAAAGUGAAUAUUGGACUUUCAUUUAUCAGGUGGCCAGAAACAGGACUCCAAAUGAAUGCUAAUGUUACUGCGCGUCUGCUGGAUGUGUUAAUCUGUGGCAACUGUUUGCUAACAAGUUCACCAUAUCAACUUAGAAGUUGAUCAAAUGUCAGUGUUGUGCUCACAGCUGGUUUGCACAGCCUCUAAGUGGCCAAACAAAGUUUAAUUAGUUAAGUUUUUUUUUACUACAUUAACGAUUGUAAUGCCUUGGCUGUUUAGCUGACAUUUAUCAAGUUAGGCAACUAGCUUAGUUAGCUACUGCAUACAGAAUAACUAAAGGUUCAUAAAGCCAUUUAUGAAUGAAAUAAAAAAUAAUUAAAAGUAUUUAUACUGUAUCUAUGUGUGGCUGUGGUGUGCCUGCUUACCAUUAUACUACCACCAACUUGCCAGAUUAUUAUUGUGCACUUAUGUGGAUAAUAACAAACAUGCCAAUAAAUUCAGUGAUCACAGAAUAGGUUUUGCUAAACUUAAAUUAUUUUUGAGUGAUAACUUCUCCGCAAAAAAGAUAAUUUAUGUGCGUGCAAAAAUAUUUCUUUGUGCUCAGAAAUCUCCCAUCCUGCGGUCAGGAUUGAACCACACAUAUAUAAUGCUAUACUUUUACAUGUGCAGCCUUUACCACUACUUUGAUGGCAUUUUGCCGUUAAUGGGUCACGUGAACAGAGAGUUAAAAACAGUUACGGCAGUUUGACCUGCUGCAGAACAAAAUCAUUACAUUACCACUAUGGGCACGUGCAAUGCUGAGAGAUACAUCACAGUUCCCACAUCACAGGACUUUAGUGGUAUUCGUGGUGGUGUGUGAAUGGUCAGAUUUUCUAACAAAAAGGCGAUACUCGUGUGACUAACAGAAGCUGCUACUUUCACUGGAACAGUUUGGUUAAUUUAUUCCGCUAAUGUUACAGAAAUUAUGCUUGAAAGGGCCUUAAGAUGUAAGACACAUACAGAGCCAGACGUGAGUGCCAUACGGUGGUGAGAAGGAGCUUUAAGUUUCAGGAGAAAUGUAGAGGGGACCUGGGCUGAAGAUUGUAGGAGUUGCCUUUGAUGCUGCUUAAAAACUUGGCCAAUUCCUUUGACCAUGAACUUUGAUAGAGGUCUUGACGAGUAUUAUCGGGGACAUCACAGAGUAAUGAAAAGAAAAGUCUAUUAAGAAGACAACACUGUUCCCUGUGUCCUGUUUUAUUUUCUUCCUUUUCCAUCAUGUUGAAUAAAUGUUUUAUGAUUUUCUAAUAGCAAUAUUUAAAAACUUAAGUGUAAAAAGUGUACAUAAAAAGCUAUGUUUCAAUUAUUUCUCUGGGCAUAUGGAUGUGUCUGUGAUUGUCUCUUGGUUUAUUGAUGUCAGCACUCAUAAUGCAUUAGGUUCUAUGUAACGACACCACCACUCUUCAUCUGUUGUUUUACAUGUGGGUUUCUUGUACAAAACAAAGUGUUACUGUUGAUGAAUAACUCCAAACGGUGCCGCAUGAAAUCUGCAUUUGUCCAUCACCAGUCUUAUCAAUGCAAUACCAAGUUAUCCAUUUCAAUAAGGUCAUGACUCGUGUGUUAUUGUAUAUUGUGCUAUGAGAGGAGACUUUUUGCCUUCACUUAAACCUCCGAUCUCUGUUUUGCUGUUAUUGCACCUUCAGAAACCCAUUGUCAAUAAAUUUGGCAUGUAUUCAUUGAUAUUCCCAUUCCAUGCAUUUGAUAUAGGUGUUUGACAUUCUCCUGUGUUUGACUUGCACACAAAACAAACCUUAAAUUUCAUUAAUAAAACAGUUCAUGGCUUCAUGUCACAUGUACACAUGUUGAUAUGUUUUUGAACAUCACAUUUUAUUGAAUGUUUUAAUGUGUUGACUCACAGUUUGGGCCUGGGUGUAAUAUUUCAUUUAGUUUUUAGAAAAAGACAAAAAAGAACAUAGUUUUUUUUCCCCCCAGUUAAUUAAGAGCCAGAGUUCACAGUGUUUCUGUUAAUAAUGCUUAUGUUUGCUUUGCCUUAUUUUUGAACAUACACUGAGUCCUCCAAUAUGGGUUGGAGGGUUUCUGUAAGUUUAUUUUUUCUACAACCUUUUGGCUGUAUUCCUUUCACUGCAUUAGACACAGAAUAUGCAAACAUUUCAUGUAAAUUUCCCAUCCAAAGAUUUUGAAAGUGAAUAUAUGAAAAAAAUCAAUAUAAUGUAAUACCUGUUUUACUUGGUAAU